AAAAAAAAAUAAAUAUAUCGCGGGGGAUGGAUUGCCGGCGCUUGUAUUUGAUUAAUAAAGUGGCCGCGAAAGAGUGCACUCUCGAACGAGAGUGGACUGUAGCCCUUUAUCAGUGAUAUCAACUACCAGAGCGGAGACAAGCAACCAACCGAGCGGAAGGCUGUCAACGAGCGCAGUUGGGCAAUGAUUAUCGAAAGCGUCAACAACGACAACGAAAGAGUGACUCUGACGUUUUACCGACAGUAUUAUCGAGAAAGAUCCACAAACCGAUGAUAUCGCGUGCGUAAAUUAUCUUUUCGCGAUCGACAGUGUGCGAGUACUAUUCCUCCUUAAUCCAAGCUGUGAAGACGCCCAUAUUAAUCGAACCCGGAAGAAUUUAGUGUUUUACGGAGUUUCAGUGAUAAUUCUAGUGUCCGGAUUAAUGAUAUUAAUAAAACAUUAAUGUCCUGAUACAUGAUACAUUAAUAUCAUUUAAUAGAAUAUGAUCCUUGAAAACUUCUUGGUAUUAUUCAUUGUCGUUUUCUGCGCUUUUUGCGACGAUGGUGCAUCGCAAGAGACAACGAUAUCGACUUUUGAAUCGAAUUAUGAUUCUGGAUCGACGAUAAAUCUUAUAAGUUACGAUACUGAGUCAGCGAAAGAUAUUACAAAUUUCUCGAGUAACGAUUCUGAACCUACGGAGAAUCUUACAAUCGCGAAUUAUGAAUCUAGCAGUGAAUCCACUAUCAAAUUUAUGACAACUAAUUCCCAGCUAGACACCGAUGAUUUUUCAUCGUCUUCGAUUAUCGAUCAGACAACGCAAUCAAAGUUUACUACUGUCGUAUACGACAAUGUGACUCUUAUGGAUAACAGUACGAUUUGUGAUCCGAUGUGGCCAAUAAACGCAAGCGUGGAUACAAGAGAGGUAAUUGAUUUGAAGAUAAACAAUAAAAGUACAGAAUGGAUCGCUCUGUCAUGGGAAUCUCCCUGCAAUGAUGCGACGGACUCGAUGUCAAAUGUCUCGAUAAUAUAUCGGAUUGAGAUAUGCGUUGGAGAAAACUGCAACCAGACAAAUGAAACUGAUACAUGGUACAACGCCACUGAUCUCGAUCCGUGUACAUCGUAUACAUUUACCGUAAAAGUUCUUACAGAUUGUUGGGAAUCUGAUGGAGUCACUCUAUCGGAAACAACAGAUUAUAAUAUUUCCGAAAUUGGAGAUGUGCUUGAUUUAAGUGUAAACGUCAGCGUUCACACUAUUCGAUUAACUUGGCAACCACCCGUAGUACACGAAAAAUGCGUGUCCAAUUAUUUUAUUAUACAAUGCGUCGCGAAACUUUGCAACAACAGCACGGUCCUCGCUACGAAUUACAUUGCCAGCAAUCUUGAACCAUGCACGCGAUAUUAUUUUACUAUCAAAACGAUAACGCAAACUGUACAAUCUGCCGGUGUAAACAAAACUGUGAGGACAGCUUCACCGAAGUUGUUAGAGGUGCAAAAUUUGACGAUAACAUCUGGAAAUUUUUCGCUAUUCGUCGAGUGGAAUCCGCCACAAUAUGAUACACUCUGCCUAAAGCAUUAUCACGUAACUAUAAAUAAAUACUUUGACGAAAAUACUACGGAAACGAGCAUACAAAUUCCGAAAUUGCACGCUUGCGCGACAUAUCAAGUAUAUGUAAACGCUGUGAAUAAAAACGACGUUGAUGGAAACACAGCGACUAAAAGCGGUACCACACUUGAAUCCAGAACAAAUCCACCAGAAUCACAUACUCCAAGCUUACCGAUUAGACACGUUAAUAACAUAACGAUAAUCUGGAUGAUCAAGAAAGAAAACAAUCAAUGCAUAUUGGAAACUAUAGUAACUAUAUGUAAUGAAACAGGAAGCAAUGGGAGUGGUUACGAACCUGAGGGUAAUCAUGCUAUAACGCAAAUUGAUAAAGAGAAAGCUGCAGCUUCCAUUGUUGUUGUAAAUACGACGGUGGACAAUCUGAGCCCUUUUACAAAUUUCAUUUGCUGGGCACAUACUGUUAAUGCAGCAGGAUACAGCGAAUUAAGCCACGGGAUCAAUGUUACGACACUGGAAAGUGUGCCAUCUCCUCCGAAAUUUAUGUUCGACAACAUUACGGACUCGCAAUUCACUUUGAAUUGGGAUCCGCCAGAAUAUUUGCCUGGUAAUUUAGAAGAAUUUGAGAUAAUAAUUAAUUGGAAACCACUUUAUCCGAUUCCGAAUUGGUGUCCUCGUGAAGAAUCGAAGAAUUCUAUAAAACAUAAUGUAAGCGGAAGUACAUUUGAUUACAGUUAUCUCGAGGCAAAAGCAUAUACAAACUAUACUGUAUGCAUGAGAGCGAGAACAGGAGCAGGAUGGAGCGAUUGUAGCAUUUCUCAAAAUGUUGAAACCGAUAGCAUAGUUCCAGAGGCAAUAUCGAAAUUCAAUUCCUCGUCCAUCAUUAUUAAAGAAAAUUCGCGUAAUAGUAACGUAUUAGAUACAAUUGUAAUGUGGGGCCUGCCGUGUUCUUUAAACGGUGAAUUCGAAUUCUUCAAUGUAUCGGUUUACGGUACUAGAGACAAAUACCCACCUCAUUCCCUUUACAAAAUACACAAAUGUAUGGAGUACAUCGACAACGAUUAUAUGUGCUUGAUAAAUCUCAACGAACUGAAAGGAGAGUACAAUUAUACUUUUUCGAUAUCCACCAAAGUUAUGAACGUCGAUACUCUCAGUAAACCAAUGAGUGAAAAAAAGCUGUAUCCUGCCGGCAUACCACCACAGCCUGACGAUGACUACAUCAAAUCGAUUACCAUAGAUCCGUACAAGGCGCGCAGAUCCACAACUACGGCUUCUAUCUUACUACCCUUGUUCCCCGAUACCAACGGCGAUAUCAAGUAUUACGCCAUCAUGGUAUCGAAAAAGGGAUACAAUAAUGUUAAAUCAAGCACGAGGUUUGAUCUAAAGAAUAAGAUUUGGCCGAAUGUGUCCUCCUGGGAGGAAGCGAUGAUAAAGAAAUUCUCCAUAACGUAUCAAGCGACAUGGCCGCAAUGGGAUUCUUAUCGGAACCACAUUGCUGAGUACGGUAACAUAAGAGCCAUCAAGUAUACAAUCGGUGAGGACAUCGACUGCAAGGAAAUCUCGUCCAACACGGACGAGCAAUUGUAUUGCAACGGACCUCUUAAGCCGGACACGUGGUAUCACGUUAGAAUGAGAGCGUUUACUUAUGGUGGUUACACCGACUCCGACGUAUUUCUGAUAAAAACGAACGCGGAGCUGAAUGUUGCUCUUGUGAUUGGGACAGUCUUCGGAAUUCUUGUCGUUGGAAUACUGAUAACGAUGAUGUUGCUUGUGCGAAAAUGCUCGCCAUACAUAGUGUUGCGAAGAUUUUUGCAUUCUGACAUGCCCGGUUCGCCUGUACCUGCCCCGUUCACUAGAAAAAAAUUCAUUAGCCAUUGCCAACAAUUGGUCGACAAUCCUGGAAAAUUGAGCAAUGAAUUUCGACUGCUUCAGACUCUCAGCGUCGAUUUACAAAUGCCCACAAACACCGCCUGCUUACAGGCUAAUCGAAAAAAAAAUCGCUACUCUGACAUUUUACCCUAUGAUUUCUCAAGAGUAAAGCUGGAAGUGAUAGAUAACGAUCCUAACACGGAUUAUAUCAACGCAUCAUUCAUCAGGGGAUACACGGGAGAGGACGAAUACAUUGCUUGUCAAGGUCCAAAAGAGGAAACUACUUAUGAUUUUUGGAGGAUGGUCGAUCAAUACAAUAUUAAUAUUAUAGUUAUGCUAACACAGUUGGUCGAGAAGGGCAAAGAAAAAUGCCAUCAAUACUAUCCGACUAUUAGGGAAACUUUCCGAUACGAGAACAUGACAAUACGAUGUACAAGCGAAUUAGAUUUUAGGACACAUACCCAAAGAACACUUGUAUUACAAAAGGAGAAUAAAAAAAGAAAUAUUACUCACUUGCACUUUAAAGAUUGGCCUGAUCACGAUGUUCCGGAAGAUUUUGACGCAAUGAUUAAUUUCUGUCAAAUUAUACGUCGCAAUAUUAGUGCCAAUAAAGGUUUCAUUGUCGUUCACUGCAGCGCAGGCAUCGGUAGAACAGGAACAUUAAUAGCGAUAGAUAUUCUCCUGCAACAUCUUAGAGAUAAUAGAAAGUUAGACGUCUUCGGUACUGUAUAUAGACUGCGACAUCAUAGAAUAAAUAUGGUGCAAAGAGAAAGUCAAUAUGCUUAUAUAUAUAAUUGUAUAAAGCAAGUACUCAAGAAUCCCUAUUUUUUAAAAACUUAUAAACCACCACCCGUUGAUCCAAUAUACGAAAAUAUCUCUAAAAUCAAAGAUACAACGAAUUCAGAUACAAAUCUAGUCAACAAUCUUGAAACAUUAAAAAAACAUAACUCCAUAUCUAUGGAAUCUCUGGAAUCAAUCUACAAUCUCUUUCCUUGGUCAACAAAAUACCAAAGAAGAAACGUAAUAGAUAGUGGUUUGAGACAAUACAAAUCAAUGGGUUCCAUAAAUAUAAAGACUCGUCACAUUUCUGUAGGAAAAUCCCGAACUUUGGAUUGUGUCAUUUAUAAAUCACUAAACAAUUCAUCGUAUAGAUUAAGUAAAGAAAAUUUAAAACAGGAAAAUUUUCCAUUACUAACUUGUUCAAGAUCAGCACAAGAUAUACUUGGCGAUAACACGCAAUAUGCAAUGAACAGUAAGCCUUAUAUGAUUUUGUUGAAAUCUUAUGUUGCAUGAAUCAUGCAUUAUAUUUUUUUCACAACAGUGAUUUAUGAAAUCUAUAUUUUUUUGCAGACAUGUGAAAGAGAUGAUUGAGUUAUAUUGAUGAUUGUAAUUUACAUGUGUUAAAUUAUAAUAAUCAGAGCAGGUUAUACUCGGCCAGAAUAUAAAUCAUAAAUAUAUGUAAAUAAACAAUAUGUUGACAAAAAAUUUAUAAGAAUUCUUAGGAUAGAAUAUAACUUUAUACAUUCUUUAAAUACACACAAAUCUGUGCGAACAUUCCCAUAUGAAUGUAUAUGACACUAAAAUGUAUUAAGUAAUACUGUACCAGCAUUAUUAUCAGAUAUUAUUAUCUUAAACAAUCUCUAGUCCAGCUAGAAUUGAAAAACAUUAAAUAA